AGUAACGAAGUAAAAGUACCGUUUUUUCACUAAAAAUGUACUUGAGUAAGAGUAAAAGUACCCAUUUUUAAAUAUACUUUAAAAGUAUUAGUUACCCAAAAAUUUACUCAAGUAAAUGUAACGAAGUAAAUGUAACUCGUUACUACCCACCUCUGAUGAUACGAGACAUCUGCGUUGGCACUCCUGGAAGUGCCCAUGAUGCAGCUGUGUUUGCAGCCUCGGAUCUGUACAGACACACUGAGAGACACCCCCAGGCUACAACUGAUGUGGAGAGAGUUCAGGUGCCUCUGCUAGUAGCAGGAGACCCAGCCUAUCCACUAUUGCCAUGGCUCAUCAAAGGUUAUUCUGGACCCAAUGUGUCACAAGAACAAGCAGCAUUCAUCUCUCACUUGAAUGGAUCAAGGGUUAAGGUGGAGCACACAUUCGGACGGCUGAAAGGAAGAUGGCGCAUCCUGGCAAAACGAUCUGAUAUUCACCACUCUUUCAUGUCUACUGUUGUGGCAGCGUGUUGUGUACUCCACAACAUCUGUGAGAUGGAGAAGCAACGAUUUGUACCACCUAGUGAAGACUCAUGUAAUGAAGGCGAGAGACAACCACGCCGCUUGCAAUGCGAUGAACGACCUCCACAAGCUGUGCUUAUCAGGGACACUCUAAUGCAAUAUGUAUCAAACUUGGAAAGGCAGUAGGCUGUCAUGGCAAAAGUUCAAAAGGUAUUUGAACCAUAAAACCAAAAUGUGUUACUAUUAUUUCAAAUCACAAACUACAAUAUGUUGUUACUCAUUUUAUUUGUAACAAAAUUUGUACAUCUGCUUUAUAAAGAUUUAACACAUUGAAGCUUACUGUACAUCUUUGUAGAAUUCACCAGACUUGUUGUUGUGAACCUUUGUUGUAAAGUUAAAGUAGGGGAGAUGAGACGCUAGAUGAUUGCAGCACCUGGGUUGAUUGUGCAAACUCUCUGGUUGCCUCAA